CGUGUUGUUUAGCAAGCAUUUGCCGCCUACUUAACUUAGUAUCUAUUCUAUUAUAUCGUUUGUAAUAAUGGCUAAACUACUAUGUAUAUUACUUGCAAUAUGCAUAUCUGGUGUUAUUUCUAAAAAAGCCGAAAAGAAACCAGAAUGGGCUAAGAAAGAUAUAACAGAUUUUACUGAAGCUGACAUGGAAAGAUUGCUAGAUCAAUGGGAAGAAGACGAAGAGCCCCUCCCAGAAGACGAGUUACCAGAACACCUUCGAAAGCCACCGGCAAUAGACAUAACCAAAAUGGAUAUGUCGAAUCCAGAAGCAGUGUUGGAAGCCACUAAGAAAGGACAGACGGUAAUGAUGUUUGUUACGGUGGCUAAUAACCCCUCAAGAGCGCGUACAGAUGAAUUGACCAAAAUAUGGCAAACGGGUCUCUGGAGUAACCACAUACAGGCAGAGAGGUACCUUAUCGCUGAUGACAGAGCCAUUUUCAUGUUCAAGGAUGGCUCUCAGGCAUGGACGGCCAAGAAAUAUCUCUUGGAACAAGAAGAACUGAAGGAUGUGCAAUUGGAGAGCCAAACAUACCAGGGCACCAAGGCCGAUGUCAGAAAUACUGCACUGAGGGAUGAAUUAUAAGAUGACCUGAUAGGUUUAAAUCUAUUCUUCCAUCAUAAGGGUGUAUUUAUACUGGAUCAACCAUUGACAGACAGACAAAAUUCAGUAGUUGAUGCAGCGUGCAUGGGAAGUGCAAAUAUGGCUUUUUUUUCUUAUCACAGAUGUACACCUCAUUUACAGUGUAGAACAGGUUUAACAAACUUCUAAGACUAGAAGCAAUUGUUGUAUUGAUGUAUCAUGAAAUGUAUAACAAUAUUUACGUAUUACAGAGACAAGUAAAUAAUUAAGACUACCAAUCUCAAAACAUAGUUGCAUUUUCAUCACUGUAAAGAUUGGAAUCUUGUAACCCAGUGGCCCAGAAAUAAUGUAACACAAUCUAGUAACUCUUAAAAGAUGUAAAAUAGUGCUGUGAUUGACACUUUCAACUUUAUGAAGAGAUGUCUUUACUACUUAUGUGGAUAUUAGGCUUGUGCCUGCUCAUUCACUAGAGAGAGUGCUCCACUCUCGGUCAAGCAAACUAGUUCGGUCUUUUAGUUCCUUUAGUUCAGUUCGGUUGUUGAACUUGUUGAGAGCCCGGAAUGAAUAGGAAUCAGUUAUAGUAUACAUUCGAUUUUUUUUCCAAUCUUUGGUAACUAAAUAUAAUUCAAGUUGUACAAUAUGAUUAUGUUGAAUUGUUGAUAUUGAACACAACACCUUAACACAAUAAAUAUAUAGAAAAAUAUUUGAUUUUCUUCAUACUUUUCAGGCUUUGGCGUGUCAUGUCGUUCUUUGAUCUCGUUCGCACUUGUGCUAACGACAUUGUGAACUGUUUUGUUCCAUCAGUUUUCUGUUUCACCCAGUCAGGCUCUCUCCAAUCCCACUGAACUAAAGGACCUGAAGACCGACUAAGACUGCAAGAAGAAUUAGUUCCUUCCGGUCCUUCACGGGAUUUCAUUCUUAACAGUUCUUAGUCCAUGACCGACACAGGCCUAGUGGAUAUACUAUUAUGAUUUAUGAUAUGUGUUCUAUUUGCAUAAAUACUGGAUCUCUCUGUCAUUAACAUUUCACAUUUAGCCUUUUGGAUUGAUAUUUUACCCAUGAAUAUCAACAAGAGAUAAAAAUAAACCAUUGGCAUGUUUAGUAAUGUCAACCUUUUUGCAUUUAAUUAAGGUUCAAUAUUGUAUUUAUCAUGUGGCAUUUGAGUUAUACUGAAAUGCUGAGCUCAAAAGGUUAUACACUCAUCUAUAAAAUAGGUCAAACUAAAUUUAAUGCAGAACAAUUGAUCUGUAUAUUAUUGAAUGAACUGAGAUCGUACAUAAGAAUAAAUAUUAUUUUUUCCA